GAUAGUCCAAGGAACGAUUGUGUCUUCCGACCUAGGACACCUGCCAACAGCACCGGUGCAUUCAAAUUUCGCGCGCUUCUUUCCACGGUAUAGUCGGCACAAGUGAGCAGCUGGAAACAAGGUUACUGGAUUAUUGGUCUAGUCUAGGCGGUAUACGAAUUCUUUUGCCACACCAUGGUCUCCACCAGGUCGGGCCGUGUGGUGUCCGCCGAUACAUCCUAUGGCGGCAGGGUGACGCGUUCUCGCUCUAGGAAGGAGUCUGAGAUCCUGGCAGAAACGCUUACGGAAGAAGCGCUUGCAGCAGAGGCAGGGCAACCUGAAGUUACCAGUCCAUUUCCUACCGUUACUCCCUCCAAGGAAUUUUCGUUCCGGCCUGUCCAGCCUCCAGCGUUUGGCAGUCCAGCUCCAGUCUUUACGUUAGAGACGCCUAUGGCGGAGCAGGUGUCGGGCACGCCUUUCCAGGAGCGCGUUAUCAAGACGGUCGGCAAAGCCGCAGCUCAGACGCCUGUCGCCCGCUCGCCUGCCGCCCCAACACCCUCAGCCAAGGAUGUCAUGCAAAUGGCCGAGAUGCCGCUGCCGGAAGACAGCGCCGCAGAUGAGCCCUUCGCGUCUUCGGAGGACGAGCCCCUCGUUCCCGCUUCACCAGCUGCUGACCUGCCCGCCGCGCCCUAUGAGCAGGCGACGCAGCGGCGGGCCGCUCGCGGUGGUGGCCGCCUCUUCUGGAGCCUCUUUUUCACAAGCAUUCUUGCCACGCUCGCCGUCGGGCUGUUCCUGGCGCCAUGCGGCGACCCAGAGCUCUUCGCCAUGGUGCCCUCAAAGACCUAUGGGCCCCUCUGCCAAAACCUAGUGACCAAGCGCGGCCAAGCCUCCGACGUUGCCUCGAGUGUUUUCGCUCGGGCGAUGGAAAAGGCCACUGCCGUUAGCGACCGGCUGCCGGCGCCCACCCUUGAGUUGCUGGGGAAGGUUUGGGAGCCCGUGCAGCAGGCCCAUGCCGCUGCGUUGCCCUUCCUGGACACCACAUCAGCGCAGAUUGGACAGCGCCUGACGCCAAUCCUGGUUCCCGUCAAGACUAUCUGGCAGCGCUGCACGCGGGGGCUGUACUCCCUCCUUGGGCCCUUCCUGCACGGCGUGAUGGCACACAAGGACGAGGGCUCUUCGGUGCCAUCAGGUGUCGCCAUGGCACCCAUCUCCUGCAUGGAGCAGUCCGAGUUCCUGGCCAUCUUGGACCAGAGCCCGCAGCAGCAGCAAUACGCGCAGGACCUGUGGGAGUUUGCGGGUGUGCAGGUGGCGGAGAAGCAGAAGGCCGCAGCGUGGGUCCUCACCUGCCGCAACGAGGCGGAGUGCGGGGCUGCCAAGGGCGCGCUCUUCGGCGCGUCAUCCGGAUUCCUCCACAUCGAGGGCCCGGCUUUCAGCGAGGCCAGCUCUGCGGGGCAGCUGCAGCUGGAGCUGGUCGACUUCCUGCGCAGCAACCCCCGCGGCCUUGUGCUGGUGACCAAGCCGGAGCGCCUGCACCCUAACAGCGUGGUGGUGCUGAACAACGCGCUGUCGGAGAGCGGGCACCUACAGAUGGACGGCCAGCCGGUGGCCACUGCCGAGGCGCUGUACGUGGUGCUGGUGGAGCAUGUCGUACAGGGGGCAGAUGCGGAGGAGGAGGUCAAAGAUCGGCUGGUCAAGGCGAUUUCCGAGGUGGACCCCAACGCUGAUCCGAACAUGGUUGCGGCAGUGGUCCGCAGCUUCAGGCGGCGGCUGGAUGCGGUCCUCUUCGUCAAGGCGCUCUAACUGCCCGUCAGCUGAUGGUCCACAAACUACAGAAGCCAGUGCUUUUGGAUAUACCGUAGACGGGGUGAUGGUGGGGCAACGAUUGCAGUGCUGCAGCAGCGGAGCCAUACUGCGGCACAACAGUGCCGUUAAGCAUGUUAGCAGUCUUAUCGUCAGUGCUGUUUGCUUGCUUGCCCUUGCUUUCGUGUGCCGCAUGUCGAUGUGGUUACGUAGCUCCAUCUCUUUGAAGGCCCCAACUGGGUCGGCAACGUCGAAGGUGUCGUACAGCUUAGGUCCCGCGGGUCAUCGACAGCAGGAUGAUGAUGGCAGAGCGCGACGCGCUAUAUCGCCUGUAAGUAAGCCAGUAUAAUUUACAAUAUACAAAGUACUUAUAUACGAAUGCCAAAAUAGCCAUACAACAAACGUCACAAGCUUUGCAGUUUGGCAUUAAGAAGCACAUAAGCGAGGCCUUAGCUACACCGGCGGCAUAGCGCAUUCUUGUACCUGGAUUCAGCAAACUUUUAGUUGGUUAUGAGAUCUCAGAUGCGUUUGAGCCCUUGUUCGCGAAAACUUGCCAUCCAUGGAACUGCCACUUCACGGUUAAGAAACAUCCGAGUGCGAGCACAAGCACACAAGGAGGUAGAGAUUAAACCGGGCGUGUAUGAAGGGUAUUGGUCUUGGAACGGAUAUAAAAUACGCUAUCAGCGCAGCGGCAGCGAAGGUGAACCGGUUUUGCUGGUUCAUGGGUUUGGCGGCAAUGCGGACCAUUGGCGUAAGAACACGCCCGUGCUUGGCAAGCGUUAUCGAGUGUUUGCCAUAGACCUUCUGGGGUACGGCUACAGCGACAAACCAAGUCCCAGGUCCGCGCCCCCCAACUCGCUCUACUGCUUCGACACCUGGUCCCGCCAGCUGCUGGACUUCAUCCGGCAGCAGCUGCACGGCCAGCCCGCAACGCUGGUCUGCAACUCCGUGGGAGGUCUGGUGGGUCUGCAGGCCUCCGUGUCCGCCCCCGAGCUGGUGUCCGGCGUGCAGUGCCUCAACAUCUCGCUGCGCAACCUGCACACCGCCCGACAGCAGCCCUGGCAGCGGCCGCUGGUGGGGGCGCUGCAGGCGGUGCUGCGGGAGACGCCCGCGGGGCGGGCCUUCUUCCAGCAGGUGGCCUCGGAGCGGGCGGUGGGCAACAUCCUGCGUGAGGCCUACGGGGUGCGCGGCGCGGUGACGGAGGAGCUGGUGCGGCUGCUGGUGGGGCCGGGGCGGCUGCCCGGGGCGGCGGAGGUGUUCCUGGACUUCAUCAGCUACAGCGGGGGGCCGCUCCCCGAGGAGCUGCUGGCCGCCACCCGCCGGCCGGUGAGCCUGCUGUGGGGCGAGGCGGACCCCUGGGAGGACGUGCGCGAGGGGCGGCGGCUGCUGGCGCACCUGCCCGCAGUGGUGGAGUUUGUGGUGCUGCCGGGGGUGGGGCACUGCCCGCAGGACGAGGCGCCCGAGACGGUCAACCCCCUGAUCGAGAGGUUCGUGGAAAAGUACGGCAGCAGCAGUGGGAGCAGGCAGGAGGCAUCAGCCGUGACGGCAGCUGGGGGGCCUGCAACGGAUAGCGAACGCGUGGUGGCGGGGGCGGGGUCAGCGGUGCCUGGGGCGGAGUAAUGGCAGUGAGGUCGUGCUGGCGGGACAUGAAGGGGCUAGUGAAGCUAAUUCUAUAUCAACUGCAUUCACUGCAACACAUCCAGGUCACGUUGGCGAGAAACUUUGUAUGUCAAACACGUUGUACAGAGGCAUGGAGGAGAGAGCGUGUAUUACUUUAUUUGUUAAGAAAACUGGCUGCCUUGGCGUUGCGAGAAGAGAGGAGAGGACAGUCAUGCUUGAUACUACUGGUGUGCGAGGGAGCGGAGCGCAAAGGAUACUGGCACUGAGAGAAGCGAGGAGGGGUGUUCAGGAAACUGGCCGCGAGUCGGAACGUACUGUGAUUGCCGGAAGGUGAAGUCCCCACAGAAACGCCGCAGGAGCCGAGGAGUGGUGUGUGUGUAGGCUGCUGGGUGCCGCCGCGCUGAGGGUGGGUAGGUCUGGCGGGCGCUGCUGCUGUUGGACCGUCCGGCGCCACUUGCAGGUGCGACACGUGCAGGCGCGUGAAGGUGAGGGUAGUUAGGAUAACAUGUUAUUAACUCAUGGUAAGUAAUGAUAUUGAUACGUGGCUAUGUGCGCUAUCUACGAGCUGAAGGCUUCAACCGCUGGCAAUCCUUGCCAACGGCGCUCUUGCGGGAACGCCUUUUAGGUCGUUCUGUACAAUUAUGAUAGGUUUCCGCAGUAUGCCCUCCACUGGGCGAAGUGCACUACUUCCUCUGCGGUACGGCUCCGACGGCCAUUCGCGUUUAAGCCCCGGACACGAAAAGCCAUUUACAAAGCCAUUUACAG